UCACUUGUGUAGCUCUCAUUUCGUUUUGGAAACAGGAAAUUCAUGCAUUUUUUCGCUAGGGUACUAUUUUUGAGAAUUAUGUACCAAUUUGACUUCUGGAGGUUUAUUGUUGUGGCUAGCAUUGAUAUCGUUAAUGGUGCGUUUUACUGUUUUAGUUUCUUGUUUCGUCACGGAGAUGUAAAACUAUUUUUGGGAAUCUAGAAAUUGAAUUGUUCCUGAAUGGUUUAUGUUGAAUAAAUCCUGAUACCCGAUUGGCAAGAAGGUUCAAGGAACCAUUUUGAUCCCCUUUUUCUCUGGUUUGGCCUCCUAAGUCCUAAGGAAUCAUGGCGGACGCAGGUUUCUUUCGGGGUACGAACAGUGAACAGGACACCAGGUUCUCCGAUAAACAGAAGAAGCUGCUCAAAACCAUGAAAUUCGCCGAUAUCCUUUCGGAGCGGGUGGACAUGAAGAAAGUUAAGCUGGAAACCAUCAAACCAUGGAUAGCACAGCGCAUCACGGAGAUGUUGGGCUUGGAAGAUGAAGUGGUUGUGGAAUAUGUCUUCUCGCAGUUGGAGGUUCCUAUCGUGGACCCUAAGCAGAUGCAGAUCAAUAUGACAGGGUUUCUCAAUGGGAAAAAUGCUCGGGAAUUUAUGCGCGAGCUGUGGGAAUAUCUGGUCAGUGCGCAGAAUAAUCCCACUGGCAUUCCGGAUCAGUUUAUUGAAGCGAAGAAGAAGGAGCUGCGUGAGCGUGAGGUGGAGCAAGAUAAAGUGAACGCAGCUAUUCGCAAGACGCAGGCGUCCAUCGAUAUGAUGAAUCCACCCUCCAAGGAGGCUAUCAACAUCGCUAACAGCGCUGCUGUAACGAGCCGCAACCCCAGAAAGAGUCCCAACCGAGCUCGUCAGUCGCCAGAACGGCGUCGUUCGCCCGCGCGGACGUUCCGUCGAAGUCGCACACGAAGUCCACCACGUAACCUUAGACGGACUCCGUCUCCUCGGCGUAAACGUUCUCCUCCGCCGCGUGUCCCUGCUCGCCGUAGUCGGUCGCGUGAACGUUCAGUGGAGCGUCCGUCGAAACAGCUGCCAGUCAAAAACCGGGAAACAGCAAAGGAACCUUCCCCCUUACCUCCACAGCGAGCGACGAAGAUCCAGCCUAAACGAGCCAAAUCCGAAAGCAGUAGCUCCAGCAGCAGUGUUUCGCCAGCCGAGCGCCGUCCACUGCCUCAAGUUAAAGCACCUUCAUCAGACCGCUCAAGCAGCCGCAGUUCUUCUACGAGUCAUGGCAAUCGUGCAGCGAAAAAAGAAAUAAUUACCGAGAAGAAGCGAUCACCCUUGCCUGCUAGGGGUAAACGAAGCAGCUCCAGUGAAUCUAAAGUUGAAAAAGCGCGAAAGCCGAAGAGUCCAUUGCGGAAAAAAAGCAGUUCCUCGGCUUCAUCGGCUUCGCCUCCCCGUGUGAAAGGAAAGGUUUCGACAUCUCCAUCUCCGCCGCCUCGGAAACCGGCGGAUCGGCAGCCUGUUAGGAAGCGAUCUCUGUCAUCUGAUCGGGAUAAGAGCAAACGCGAUAAGUCUAAGUCGCUUCGCCCUGUUAGGCGAAAAUCGAUUUCCCGGUCGCCCGUACCACGCCGUGCUGCUGAAUCUUCUACUGCAGAGCAAAGGCGCGGUCGACCAAGUUAUAAAAAACGGGAGAAAUCAUCAUCGGAAUCGCCUUCUCCACGUGCGACUCAAGCAUCUCCGCCACCCAGACGAACGGCUGCUAAAGGGAAAGAGCUUUCCAGUUCGCCAUCGGAAAAAGGAGGUAAAAAGUCGGUAUCACCCUCACCAAAGCGGAAGAGAUCUGAAUCGCGUUCACCGAAAAGGAAAAGAUCCGACUCACGAUCACCUAAAAGGAAGCGUUCGUAUUCUCGGUCGCCAAAACGACAUCGAUCAGAUUCGCGAUCACCCCGACGAAGAUCUCAUUCUCGAUCACCUAGACGAAAUGCUUAUCGUGAUAGAGGAAGGCCUAGCGAUUACAGACGGGGACGGUUUCAGCCUUCUUCUCGAUUCCGCCAGGAACGCUGGGAGCGACCUAGCGAUCGGAGGGAUCAACGAUACAACCGGGCGACACGAGAUCGCUCUAGAGAUAAUAUUCCGCGACAGUAUACCAGGCGUAGUCGUUCAGGGUCACCUCCACCACCGCGCACUCAAUAUCGAAAUGAUGGUGGCCCUGAUCGUGCAAAUGGAAAGGAGUCAGUCAAAUUACCUGCCCGUGGACGAUCAGGCACCCCUGAUGCGAAGCGGGACAUCGACGUUCGGAUGCGAGACGGGGGCAAAUUGGAUUCAAAUCCAGUAUUUGGUAAAAAGGGCCCGGAGACGCAGCAACGCUCUCCUGAUAGGAAAAGAGAACGUUCACGAUCGUCCACUCCCCGCGGACGCUGGGUUGAGAGACCACCCGGAAAAACUGGCGAUAAAGGGAAUGCUGGUCAGCCUUCUGGAGACACGGUUGCGAAGACGGCGCAACUGGGAGACAAAUAUAAUAAGUUGGACAUUCCUAGCAAAUUAGAAUCCCAGGCGCACGCACAAGCUGGUAAACGAGUUGAUGGCGCUCAUCCCGAUAGACGAUCGGCAUCAAGUGGGGAAGCUCCUCGAGCUUGGAGAUCUCGAAGUCCAGCAGACUUACAAAAGAAAGCUGCUUCGCAAAUUAACACGAAAGGGAGCCCAAUCAAUUCUAAAGCGGAGUCCGAAGAGAGCGAUCCGGACAGUGAGUCCCCUAAAAAACCAAAAAAAGAAAAGAAACGCAAGCAUAAGGAGAAGAAACACAAAAAACACAAGAAACAUCGCAAGGAAAAGAAAUCUCGGAAAACGGCAGACUCAGAGGAUCCAGAUGACAUAGAGGAAAAGCUUCGUGCCCGCGCUUUGGCAUCCAUGAAGAAAGAGCAGGAGCGGCACUCGUAAUUUCAUAAGACUUCAUUUUCUGUAAAAUAAGCUAAGUAGGAUAUGAUUGGCAAAGUUAACUAUAUCAUCGUCGAUAUGUAAUUUUUGGAACUGCGCGUGCAUGCUGGGUCGGAAAACCGUUAAGAUGUUUUUGUCAGGUGGUAGUUAGUUGCAUUAGUUUGUUUUGGGCUUUACGUAAACGUUUUAAUAUGGCUGUAUAAUAGGGUUUCUGCUCGGUAUGGUCAAACAAUUGGACGCUGUUGUUGUUUUGCGGAUAGAUAACAAUUUCUUUGUUCGCGGUUUCCAUCGAUUUGUAGACUUGUUGUGUUUAUAAUGAAUAUUGGGUAAUUGGCUGUUUGAAUUGUUGGGUGAUUUAAGGCUGUGUUUUGACCCUGAAGGAAGAAAAGCUAAAGAAAGAGCAGUAAUUUUA